CUUGAUGUAUACUUUCACUUCCCUAUUUUAAGUAUGUCCUACUCACAUCAUUGGAUGCGUGCAUUUUUCUUAUCACUUAGCUGAACUUUCAUAGUAUUGUACUAUACUUGCUGUCUAGUUAUUCAGUUGGUCAGUUUAUCUGUGCAUUACAUUCUACUUUUCUAUGCCCAAUGAUGCAGUUAUAAUAUUAACAAUGGCUGGUAAUGGCUUAGAUGGUUCUGCUGCCAGUUCACUCCCACUCUCGGGCACAUCAAUGUUUACACGAUGCUCAGCUGCAAGAUUUAAGAAACUGUGCAACCGAUUACCAGAGGCAAAAAUUCAAGCCAUAAGAGACCUCCAAUUUGGAGGUCUCUUAAACUUAAACUGCACAGAGGUGCGCCACAACCUCUGUAUCUUUCUAAUCCAACAUUUCAAUGUUGGAUUUAGACGGAUAGAGUUCUCAGCCCAGAAACACUAUCCUGUUACAGCCACCGAUGUUGGCCUCAUUUUAGGCCUCCCAACAGAAGGACGGAAUUUGCAGGUGACCUCCACAUCAUCAGAUCAUCCAUUUGGGACUAUUCGGGCAUGCGAGGAGAAACUCCUAGACUUACCUGUAGGCGAGGAGUUCCGUAGAGCAUUCAUUUACUACGCAUGUGCCACAUUGUUGGCCCCCACGUCUAGGCUCAAUGGUUGCCGUAACUUGUGGCAUACCAUCCAUGAGGAUGGAUUCCGAAAUGAUGUUAAUUAG